AUGGCUGUGCCCCACCCUUUCACCAGCCUCCUCCUCCUCCUUGUUGUGCCCCUUUCCCAGGCUGCAAACCAGUCCCCACUGCCCCUUGGCUCCCUGCCUGCUGCCCCCACCCUGCCCCUCCUGCAGGCCCUGCAAACACGGGCUCCAGGAAGCCCAGGCUGGAAAAUGGGGCCAGCCAGUGGGCAGCCCCUACGCUACAUGCUGAAUCUGUACCGGCGUGCUGCUGACCGCGAAGGCCGACCCCGCCGCAGCCGCAGCCUGGGCACCAACACCAUCCGCCUGGUCCAGGCCAGUUCCCAUGGGGGUCAGCCCUGGGCAGGUCGGUGGUACUUGCAGGCCCUCACCUACCACCUGGAGGGCCAGCCAGAGGCCGAGCAACUCCUCAGAGCCACUGUGGUCUACCUGCCGAGCCUGUCACUGGCCCAUGGUCGCCUUCUCUGCGCUCUGGAGCUGGUAGUGGCCAGCGAGGCACCCAGGUUGUUGCUCAGCCCUACUGCCCGUACCCACCAUGGCUGGGCCGAAGUUGACGUCACCCCUUACCUUGUGCUGGGGAACAGCAGCAUGGGGAGCCUGGCAUUGCGGCAUAUCUGCGUGCGUGCUGGCCGAGAAGGAGGCCACGAUGUCCCAGUGUCCCCUGGCCACCCCUUCCUUCUUCUCUACCUUAAUGAUACCCAGGCAGGGUUGGCACCUCCGGCAGCAGAGCCUCACAGACACCGACGUGAUACAGGGACAUUGGCUCAUGACCUGCCCAGCUACCUGCGGGAGCAGGGAGGGGAGAAGAGUGACUGUUCCCUCCGCCCCUUCCCUGUCACUUUUGCACAGCUGGGCUGGGACCACUGGAUCAUCGCUCCCCACCGCUACAACCCACGCUACUGCAAGGGCACCUGUCCCCACCUGCUCCGCUAUGACUACCACGCACCCAACCAUGCUGUGGUGCAGAGCUUUGUUCAUCAGCUUGUGGAUGCCAAUGUGCCCCGGCCCUCCUGUGUGCCCUACCGCUACAGCCCCAUCAGUGUCCUCAUGAUUGAGCGCAAUGGAGGCAUACUGUACAAGGAGUACGAGAAUAUGAUUGCAGAGUCUUGCACUUGCCGGUAA